GUGUGAUUUUUCGUUUAUACAGUUUAGGCUGGCUCUAUUGCCCGUAGAGGAUUUGAACAAUCCGGGACUGCCGGCGAUGGCGCUUAGCUUCGACACACUAUGAUUACAGCUGGAUGACGUCGAUCACGGUACGUGACAGUGCCAAAGGCGACGACUUGAAGGCUGUUCCAGCGUCGUUCCAGUAUACGCUCCGAAAUUGACAUGAGUCGACGGGGUUAUUUGAUUUUUCGUAACACCCAAAGGGGCGGUGCUGGAUUGCAUUAAUCAGCGUACAUGAUCGAUGGACCUUUUCUCAUAAAGUCUAUAUCAUGUAAAGAAUCCUCGAGACCAUUUCUUGUUAAUUAGCCAUCUAGACUUCUAUUUAAAUAGCCCUAGAACAUAGCAAAUACGUUGAAUCACAUUGGUUUAACACAACGAAACUACAUCGACAGGUCACAUCUGGUAGAGGAUCCGAACCCGAGACAACUGCAAAGAUGCAAUCCUUGGUAUCAUUUGUCGCAGUUGCCGCUUUGAUGUGCGGAUUAUCAACAGCGCAGAACUGCAGAUGUGCGCCUACGGACCCUUGCUGGCCUGCAGCGCCUGAGUGGGAUUCUCUCAACGCGACCGUUGCCGGGCGUCUCAUAAAAUCCGUACCCCCUGGAGCCGUCUGUUACCGAGCAAGACCCGAGUACAACGAAACCGCGUGCCAAGCCGUCAUCGCCGGCUGGAGCACUUCUGUCUGGCACUCCUCGAACCCGGUCAGCAUCCCUGCACCCGCCAUGGCCAACGAUAGCUGCAAUCCCAUCUACCCCAACGGCACGAGCGUGACUGGCGAUGUUUAUGCCGGUGAUAGGGGCUGUGAUAUUGGUUUGUAUCCUCCCUACGUUGUCAACGCCACCGAGGUCGCCCAUAUCAAGGCUGCUCUGAAGUUUGUCAAGAAGUGGAAUCUACGACUCAAUAUCAAGAACACUGGUCAUAAUGGAGCUGGGAGAAACAUCGGUUACGGAAGCUUAUCUAUCUGGACGCAUAACCUGAAGAAAAUUGAAUUUAACGAGAAAUUCAGCUUGUCUGGGAACUGCUCUCUGUCUGCUAACGCCACGCAGCUGAUGGCCAUCACCGUUGGCGCCGGUGUCCAAGACGGUGAGCUCUACACGGCAGCGGCGAAGGAUAAUGUCGUCACGGUUGGAGGAACUUCCAUGGAUGUUGGUGUUGUUGGAUGGGCAACAGGAGGUGGCCACGGCACCCUGACUGGACAGUACGGGCAGGGCGCUGACAACAUCAUCGAAGCCACUCUAGUGACUGCUGAUGGUGAUCUCCUUACUGCAAAUCAAUGCCAAAAUGCCGACAUCUUCUGGGCCAUCCGCGGCGGAGGCGGUGGUACUUUUGGUGUGAUCACGAGCGUCACCAUGAAAGCGUACACUAUGCCCUCGGUAAAUCUCAUGGGUCUUAACAUCAGUGCCAAGAAUGGAACGACGUCUAAACAGUGGUUCAAGCUUGUCGCCGAUAUCCACAAGCUUAUGCCCGCUGCCCAAGACGCCGGUCUCUCCGGGUAUUGGACCAUGGGCGGCGACCCUACCUGGAGCAUCGCCUUCUCCAUGUUUCAGUACAACAAGGAUAACACAACGGCCGAGAAGGUCCAGCAACCGUUUAUAGAUCUCCUCCACGCAUCAAAUGCCACCGUCACCUACAGCAUCACGAAGUUCAAUUCCCCGUCUUGGUUCCAGCUCAUGAGCCUCCUCCCUGCCGCCGAGAGUGCUGGCACGCUCAAGGAGAUCACGGCGUCAAGAUUUAUCACCAGAAAAACUGUCUUGGAGAACCAAGACGCAUUUAUACAGACGCUCGAGGCGGUUGGACCGAAGAACCCUGGGACAUUGGAUGGCAAGCCAAACUUUUCCAUGUCAGGGACGAUGACGGCCAGCAAGAUACCUGUCGACAAUGCCCUCAAUCCAGCGUGGCGCGAUGCCGCCGUCCACGUAAUCACGAGCCGCAAGUGGAACGACGCCGUGGAUCGGGCACAAGCCGCCGAGCUCGUGUAUGACAUGACUUACAACAAGCUGAACCUUUUACGCCAGCUCGAGCCUGCUUCUGGAUGCUAUCUCAAUGAGGCCAAUACUAUGGAGCCCGGUUGGCAGUGGUCUUUCUUUGGUUCCAACUACGGCCGACUUCGUCAGAUAAAGGACAAGUACGACCCCACGGGUGUCUUCUGGUGUCCCCAGUGCGUGGGGAGCGAAAAUUGGGUCCAGACGCGUGAUGGUCUGCUUUGCGAGGGUUAUAACCCGCUGGCGGCCGGAAAAUAAGUUGUGAAACGUUUCCAAUCAAGGUGUACUCACUGUUGAAAUGAGACAGAUUAUGGAGUAGAAGGAUUGAUGUAUAGGUUAAGUAUCAGGGAGUAGCUAUGUGUGCGAUAGCUAUAUAUGUACACAGUAGAUAGUGGCUGGUAAGCCUGAAAUAUAGGUGGUUGGGACCUAUCUCAACACUAGAACGCCUGGCGGUUGAUGUAGCUAAUGACUCCCCUAUAGAUAGGCACGAGAAAUCGAUCAGAAAGACC